AUGAUCGUUAAUGUGUGCGCGUCAAGCAUUACCAGGGAACCGGCAAAGCAAUACUCCAACUAUUAUUACUAUCCAAGUAGAUCCGAGAGAAAAACAAGCAAACAACCACCAGAGAAUAAGAAUUCGUCAAGGGAGAAGGCCGGCAAGCCGCCAUCCGUAAAGGCCAGAGCAAAGAAAUUCCUGCUGAAAAUUCGACAUCUGAUUGCUAGAAAAAUCGCAAAGGCCUCUUUGAAGAAGUGA